UGGCUGCGAAGGAAAUUUCAGUAUUGACAGAUAUUUAUCAAAAUAAGUAUAAAAGAAACAUGAAACAAUCUCUGAAUGGCAAAAAAGAAAAGAAAUAAACAGAAAAGGAGGCACAAUGCUUGUAGUGGCAAUGUUGUAGAUCAUGAUCUUCAGGAGGAUACUUCAUCGAAGAACACUGCAGUAGGUAGUAAUAUUUAUAUCUGCCCCUCUGUUGGUGUCAGCUCAGCGAAAAGUUCCGGAGUAGCACAUUGUCUUGCUGGCUUGGGUGCAUGGCCAGGAAAGAAGAAGAGAAGAAUUAAGAAGAGGAAGACUAGCGCCCAGAAAUGUAACGAUAUACAUCAUGAGCAUUCAGAGUGUAUUCGCUGUCCCCUUGAAAGGGAUUUAUCUACAAAACUAGCCGUAGGUAAGUUCUCAGAGGCAGAUUCAGAAGUGACUCGAUGUGAUGCAGAAGUAAUUUCAUCUGAGGACAACAAUAAAUGCAAAAAUCAUAAUAAGAGGCAUUAUACGACGGAAAGUAAUGUUAUUAGUCUUGACUUUCAAGAUAGUGGUGUGGGGCCUAGCCCGGUAGUAAAUAACAAUAAGCUGUUUCGUGAAGUGAAUGUGAGCUCUGUUUCUGAACUUGCAGAACAGGUUAGCGGUACCCCCGUAUGUGUUGAUAUUAGUUCCGUGAAGAAACAAGAUGCCCAUUCUGUGGAUGAGAAUACUUCACUAGAGGUGAAGAUUAUCAAAACCUCUAAGAGGAAGAAACGACUUAAGACCUCUCGCGGGAAAAGAAGAAAGCUCUCUGAUUCGCUAGCAGACUGUUCGGACUCCAUCAAGGAGAUUACUGGUACUCCAGUGCUGGUUGCAAGAAAUACUUCUUUAGAUCACUCAGUUGGAGUACUUGCAUCUGGCUGUUUGGAGAAUAUGUUUGGAAGAGAAGUGGUUGCUGGACGUGGCGCCCCUUUACAAGUUGUGGGAGAUAUGUUAUUAGAAAGAGCCUCAGAUGGCUGUUCUGAUAUUGAACAUCCAACUGGUGAGAGUAGGAACAUAAUGGGGAUGGAGAAUACUAAAGAGACUACCAGUGAAGGUAGAUGUGUCGAGGAUGUGUCUGUUUUAGACGUCCUGGGAGAAAAUCCAGUGCAAGCUAAGAGGGCUAAGCACAAUAUCAUCCUGAAUGCAGUGAAUUAUGCGGGUUCUGCAGAAAACCUCAUCGAUCAAACUGCGAUAUUAUGCAAGGGAAAAGUUUCUUGUGAUGCUUCUGCUAGAGAUCCUUCCAGUGCAGACCUAGGCCAGAAGAGAAAAUCCAAGAUGGAAGACACUAUUCCUCCAUUGAUGCAGAUAGGUGCAGUGGAGGAUGAUGCCCCUCAAAUUAUAAACAAAGACAAACUCGCUCUGCAUAUCUUACAGCCAUCCCCGGUGAGAGCUCCUACUGGAUCGUUUAGAAAAAAGCUUCUUGUUCUUGAUGUGAAUGGACUGUUGGCUGAUAUUGUAUCUUAUGUACCCUAUGGAUAUAAAGCAGACACAAUAAUAGGGACGAAAUCCGUCUUUAAGAGGCCCUUCUGUGAUGAUUUUCUACAAUUUUGCUUUGAGAGAUUCAAUGUUGGUGUCUGGUCAUCAAGAACUAAGAGAAAUGUGGAGUGGGUUCUCGAUUUUCUUAUGAAGGAAACCAGGCACAAUUUGCUAUUUUGUUGGGUAAGCCAUUCAUAG